CAAAGACUACACAGGGAAGGAUUGAAAUGUUCGAGUCCAAGCUGGGAGCUAAAGCUGGGAAAGCUCAAAAAGAUAGCGCUCAGUCAGGUUUUGCUGAGAAAAAGUCCCAGCAACCACAAUCUAAAGCUUCCCAAGGAGGACAACUUCUGCAUCAUACAGACCAUAAAGGCCAUCAGCCAAGAAAUUUCACAUGUCCUCUGAAGGAUGAUGUUAAUAAAAGGCGACGUCUGUCAGGAAGUAAGUUUGAGAAGAUCAUUAGUGUUUUGGAGGUUAAACUAACAAAGGUAGACGCUUGUGUCCCAUCAAAGAGACAGGAGCCCAAGGUAGAGGUCGGAGCGACUCAUAAGAAGGCGUACAGUGAAGUGGUUGAGCAGAAAAUCCCUCCUAAAGAAGACCUCAAGGUGCUGCAGCCCAUACAGGCAGUGUCAGUGAGCGGAGACCCCCAGAGUCUGUGUCUGUGGUGUCAGUUUGCAGUGGUCUUCUGUGAAUCCACUGUCACCUGGAGCAAAGAGGGCGCCGUCCUGGCUGAGAUCAAAAGAAGCUCAGGGGAUGAGAGCAGAGUGUCACUCACCAUCUCCAAGGCUUCUCAUAAAGACCUGGGCAAGUAUCAGUGUCAGCUCAGCAGCUUACAUGGAUCAAUCACCCUGGACUACCUGCUAACAUAUCAAGUCCUCAGUGAGAUUGUCAUCCCUCCAUCUCCCAAGACCAUCUCAUCUGCUCCUGUAGAGGUGGGGGGUGAAGAAGAGGAUGUCCAUUGUUCUAGAUUGAUGUUCAAAGAUGAUUUCUUGACUGACCAAUACUUUGGAGAGAACUGUCCUCUUAGCAUCAUCACUGAGAAGGUCCACUUUGGGGAGGGGAUGCACCGGCGGGCUUACCGGACCAAGCUGCAGGCGGGUCAGAUACCCCUGUUACUGUCAGGACACCCCUGCGUGCUCAAAGUACACAACUCUAUCAGCUACGGGACCAAGAACAUUGACGAGCGUGUUCAGAAGAACUUUAGCUUGGCUGUGGAGGAGUGUCAGGUCCAGAACACAGCGAGAGAGUACAUCAAGGCGUACACGGAUGCAGCUCAGUCUGUCGAAGCCUUUGGAGAAGUCCCAGAGAUCAUUCCCAUCUACCUGGUUCACCGUCCAUCCAAUGACAUCCCCUAUGCCACACUGGAGGAAGAGCUGAUUGGGAACUUUGUCAAGUAUUCAGUCAAGGACGGCAAAGAGAUCAACCUGAUGAGACGUGACUCUGAGGCGGGACAGAAGUGUUGUGCAUUCCAGCACUGGGUCUACCAUAAGACUGAGGGCAACCUGCUGGUUACUGACAUGCAAGGAGUGGGAAUGAGGCUUACUGAUGUAGGCAUUGCCACCUGUAAGAAAGGAUAUAAGGGGUUUAAAGGAAACUGUGCCACUUCUUUCAUUGACCAGUUUAAAGCCUUGCACCAGUGUAACACAUACUGUGAGAUCCUGGGCCUCACAUCUCUGCAGCCCAAAGCCAAAAAGCCUGCAUCUGCUCCAAAACCUAAUCCCCAACAUUCUGUUGCACCCAAGAAGAAAACGUUUGGGCCAACAGUCAAGGGCAAAACAUAACGGGAGGAGCAUCUUGGAC